UCAGACAGUAAUCACUAAAUAGCUAGUAAGGUAUCGUGUGUCAGCAAGAGAAAGAAGUACUUUAGUGAAUGGCACUCGUUUAACAGUGGAGACGCUGAUCCUGUCUUUCCUCGGCAGUCUCUCGCUAGGGGUUUAUGUGCCCGUCUAUCGUAAGGAGACCGAGGAUAUUGUUUAACGUGCUGAUAUCCCAUUCCAAGCCUAGUUGUGGCAAUAAAAGGGACAAGCAGAGCCUCCCAUUUUUGUCCUGAAGGAAUGUGGCAGUCACAUCUGAUUGUGCUUCUGAUAUUGGCAGGGGCCAGCGCAGCAUCACGGGUGUACGUGCUAGCACCUGAGGGCGUGCCCGACAACGAGACCCGAUUAGCAUUGAGGCUGAGGGACGCCUUGAGUCCAAACGUUCCCUCCACACUCCACACAUUCACACUCUGCUUGUGGUUUCAAGUCAUCACUUUCUACCCUUUCAACACCAUUCUAAGCUACGCUGUUACCGGCAGUCCGCACACUCUAGUUCUGGUUGUGAGAUCCUCCGACCUUCAUGUACGAUACGAAGAACAUUUUGUAAGAAAGAUACAUCCGUUCCUCCCGUUACAAUGGUAUGCAGCAUGUGUGGUGAUGCGACCCACGGGGCUGCGGCUGUGGCUGGUGGAGGAGUCAGUGUUGCUAGAGGCAGCCAUGUUCCCCUUGUCCUUAGAUGGAUUUCUGGUACUGGGGCAGAAACAGGAUAGAGUGGAUGGCGGUUAUACCACGUCUCAGGCUUUCUCUGGUCACGUAACUCUCUUCAAUCUGUGGGACAUUGCCUUCUCCACCCAGGACCUCGAUGACUGGAGCAGGUGCCGGCCAGUGGUCGCCGAGCCACUUACUGACUGGGAUAAUUUAAACAUAAUCCAUAAUGGUUCUGCUGGAAUCGACAUACAUGCUGAAGGACCUUGUAACAAUGAAUCACUUAACCAUAACAAGGUGUUAUUAGUCACUCAAAAGAUGAGGUGGAAACGCGCUCUUCAUCUAAUGACAAGUUUUAGGAAGUGGACAGAUUCACGAAGCUUUUCCUUUCAGCAUCAACAUGAAGCGUUGUUGAGAUCUUCACAAUCCUGCAAUUUUCUAGAUACCGAACAACCAGUGGCUUGGAUAGGUCUUCUAUACAACUGUUCCUCGAAAGAAAUACAAAAACUAAAUGGGGUAAGAGCUAAUGUGACACCUAACUGGUCGCCGAAUUUUACAACAAUAAUUCAUAAGACUUCAUGUAUGGAUCUUCGUCCUGUUGCUGUGAAUGCAGAUGAAUAUUGGUAUUAUCUCCCAGAUCAUAUUGAAUUAUGUUCAUUUGCUGAAAAAUGUGACAGCGAACCAAAUUUCAAUAUUCGAAUGCAAUGUCGACAUGACGAGCAAAUGGCGUACUUCUAUCUGAAUUUCAUCUUUACACAAGCUAAGGCCACGCAGCAUCAAGACGGUGCCAUUUACCUACACGGUGUGCAGCCUUACGUAAUGGAGCAAACUUACAACCGCGGGAUUUGGUGCCUGAAAAAGAGAACACUUCCAUCACCAACGGUCAUUGCAUGUACUAAUUCUUCUUACGUGCCACUGGGCUUCGAAACAUGGUAUCCUGUUCCUGUUGCUGAUUCAGAAGCUGACCCGUGCACUGACAUGAAUCUUCGAGAAUUCAAGUCUUCGUUCUCUUCACCCUUAUUGAUGAGUACCUGCAGUAGUGAACAGUUUACGUGUAACGAUCUGCAGUGCAUCACCCUGGAUAAAGUGUGCGAUAUGAAACCAGAUUGCAAGAAAGGUGAGGAUGAGAGGGACUGCAGCAUUAUAGGCUCAGCAAAUGGUCACUUAUUAAACAUGCCCCCUAGCUUCCCUCUGCACAUGCAGCUACUUGUCACUGUUAAGAAGAUAUCAAACAUCGACCUGAUGAACUUCGCCAUGACCAUGACUUUCGCCGUGUUGACGAUCUGGAGGGAUCCUCGACUGCGAUACAACCACCUGUUACCUGGCACACGAACCGUCAAUGCAUCAUUCGAGUCUGGCUUACAGAUAUGGAGGCCGGCGUUGUGGCUGGAGGACAGCUUGGAAAUACAGAAAUCGCUGUUAGAGGUUCUGAUGGUGGAGAGGCGUGGCGCAGCGCAAGUUGUGCCCGGCUCGCACCUGGAGUACAAAGGAUCGGAGAACCCGCUGUGGAAUAUUCAAGACAUUCAGGCCACCUUCUUCUGCGGGUAUGACCUGCGCAGUUAUCCCAAAGACCGCCAGACAUGUAACCUCCUUAUUUACGUAAAAAACGUAAAUAGAAUAGGUCUUGAGAUUGACGCGGCAUCAAGGAUGAACACGUGCAGACAGUUCUUGGUGGAAUAUCAUGUGGUGCACUGCCGCCUGAUGUGGCCCAACGUUACCAACAACUUCACGAUCCAGGUCACGCUACUGAGGCGUCAGGAGUACUUCAUUUUCUCUACCUACUUGCCGUCAGUGCUUCUGUUAGCUAUUGGGUACGGCACACUGCACUUGCCUGCCGACCUCUUCAACGAGCGAGGCACAAUGAGUCUCACCACCCUGCUGUUGUUCAUAUCGCUCUAUACACAGACGUCUUCCUCCCUUCCCAAGACGUCCUACAUGAAGUAUAUUGACGAGUGGUACGUUUUCAGCCUUAGCUAUCUUUCUCUCAUUAUUGCCAUCCAUAUGGUCACGUGUUCUACUGCCCUCUCCACCAGCAUGAGCGAGGGUGCUGCCUCAGUCCUCAAGCCUCGAGGGCUAAGCAUCGCUGUGGUGCCUGGCGGGUCUGGUGGUGGCCAGUGUGAGGUGAAAAUGUCCUUGAUAAGUGACGUCAAUAUUCUUAAGAUCUCACGAAUCGCUUUCGCUGCAAUAGCUGCCAUCUUCAUGCUUUACUACUUUACUAAAGUGUAGCCAAUAAGAUUACGCGACUUUCAUCUUCUGUUUCUAUUUACCGAUGCUAAGCAUAGUCAUUAAAGAUAUUGGUCAUUUGCUAAA